AUGGCAUUCUGUGUUAAAUGCAUGAACAGCCUCUCCGUUGAAAUAGUAAACUCGCGGUCACUCUUCCAGUGCGACGAGUGCGAGUACAGAAAAGAGAUCCCAGGGAUCUACCGGACAAAAACAAAACUCACGCCAAAAGAAGAGAUGAUAGAAAAUGCAGAGCCGCAGGAGUUCCCAGAGCGGUAUGCCCUGUGUCCAGAGUGCUUCUCAACCACUGCCAACUACUAUCAGAUGCAGACGAGAAGCGCAGACGAGCCGAUGACUAUCUUCAAUACGUGCACUAAGUGCAAACACACUUGGAGAGAGUAG